CAACCUCACUUCCAAGUUCCAACAACCUGCGUGUUAAAUUGCUAAUCAACUUCCAGCUGACGUCACGCAACGGACAAUAUGUAUAGGUAGUCUCAAUGUUUCUGCAACAGGGGCUUGAGGAAGAAGACGACAAUGGCGACGGUUCCUAUUCCCACAGUUUCUGCAAACCCCACCAACCUAUUCGCCUCAAUUGACAUGGGCACCAAUUCCUUCAAGCUCCUCACCGUCCAAUUCAACCCCUCCACCGGAAAAUUCCUCCACCUCCAUCGCCUCAAAGAGCCCGUCGUCCUCGGCCGCCAAGCCGCGUCCGCCGCAGCUGCCGUCGACUCCCAGCUUCGGGCAAUCGAAGCCCUCAAAGAAUUUCGGAAUUUCCUGCAGAACCACGAGAUCCACCGCCACAGGACCGUCGCCACCGCCGCCGUUCGCGAAGCCGGCAACCAGGCGGAGUUUCUCCGACGAGUCCGGGACGAGGUAGGGUUCGAAGUGGAAGUCCUGUCUGGUGAGGAAGAAGCUCGGUUAAUUUACCUUGGUGCUCUCCAGUUCCUCCCUAUUUAUGAAAAAACCGCUCUGGUUAUCGACAUAGGAGGUGGGUCGACCGAGUUUCUCCUUGGCCAAAAGGGGAAAGUAAUUUUUGGUACGUCUGUGAAGCUAGGGCACGUUAAUUUAACCCAAAAAUUUGUGAAUCACAAUGAAAUUCUUCAAAUGAGAAGUCACAUUAGAUCAAUUCUUCGGCAAUGUGGAAUUGUUGAGAAGAUUAAACACCAUGGUUUUGAGAUUACUGUUGGCUCAUCAGGCACAGUUCAAUCUAUUGAAAAAGCCAUUUUUUCCGGGUUUUCGCACAAUUUAGUGAGCAAUGAUGGUGCAUUGUGUGGGGAUUUAGGGAGGGAUUGGAGGUUUAGCAGGGAGGAAUUGAGAAUUUUGGUGGAGAGGUUGUGUGGAGGAGGGGGAGAGGCCAUAGAGAGGGCUAGGAGAGACCGGUUUUUCAAGAGGCGAUCGGAGUUUAUUGUGGCGGGUGCAGUGUUGUUGGAUGAAAUAUUUGCGAUGCUAGACAUUCAGGAGAUGGAGGUUUCAGGGUAUGCAUUGGGGGAGGGUGUGGUUGCAGAAAUGUUAUUGCAGGUUUGUGAUAACUAUGAUUUCAAUGCUAAUGCAAGAUGGGGAUCAGUCGUACGCCUAGCAACUAGGUUUCUCGGUAAGAAGAAGAUGGGGACUGCUUCUCAAUGCGCAAACAUUAUGAAGGUGAUUUUUGAAGGUUUAAGAAAACGUGAUACGCUUGCUGAAACUGAAAAUCGAGUUAAACUUCCUGUCUCCUUGAAUGACAAGGAUCUCGAAUACCUUGAAGCUGCCUGUAUGCUUCACAAUAUCGGGCUCAUUACUGGUGAAAAGGGUUACCAUAAGCAGUCUUGUAAUAUCAUCAUGAAUGGUGAUCAUCUUUAUGGUUACAGUACUGAGGAAGUCAAGUUAAUAGCAUUACUUGCAAGACAUCACAGAAAGAAAUUCCCGAAACCCAAUCAUGGUUCUCUUAAGGGAUUCUCAAAAGAGGUAAAGGAGAAAUUCGAAAUGCUUUGUGCAAUUAUACGCGUUUCCAUUGCAGUACAGAAGCAUCGGGGCUUGAACAUUCAAGGGAUGGAAUUUUCGCGUUCCAGUGAAGGAUUCAAAUUGAUUGUAAGCGAAACAAAGGAUCAGUCUCUACUGCCUGGCAUUGUACAACCAUUAGCUGAGGGCGACGAAGCAGAACUAAGAAAAGAGUUGGGACAUUUUGAAAUGGUAUUCCAAGAAAAGUUGUCGAUAGCAGUUCCUUCAAGUUCUUCAGAAUCCUCAGAACGAUCCAGACACUUACAAUGGAUGCAUUGAAUAUUUUUUUCAAUGUUACGGACGAAAAAUAGAAUCAACCAACCAACUUUAACCCACUAAUUCUUUUCUUUCGUUUCGAAUUAGUCAAUAGCAUUGAUAAUGUUCUUGAGCUAACGUGUUUGUAUUAAAGCUUCCAUUGGUACAACAAACUGGUCUCAAAGCUUCCGCAUGUAUAAUAAACUGAUUUAAGAGCUCGGGUUGAAGAUUUCUGGAAGAGCAAAUGAUUACAAAGACAAAUGGAAUUUCAAUGGAAAUCACUGAUGUAACAAAUUGGUAUCAGAGCUUUCCAUAUACAUGACCAUAACCUGUAUUUUGCCAAUAUUUUAGUCCAUUUAAUGCUAUUGAUGGUAUUCUUUGUAGUUCAA